UUCAUUUCAAUAGUGUAAAUAAAAUACAUUAAAAAGAGCUAAGGAAAAGGACAAUCUUGAGAUUUGGCUGCUGCAGUGCACCAGAGUCUUAAUUUCAGCUCAAAUUUCUCCCAAAGUCCUCUUUUCUUAUUCAAAAAAAUUCAUGUCAUCUCUGUCUACCUAUAAAGUGAAAAAAAAAACCCGAACCCCUCAUGUUUACUUUUUCUUCUUUUCUUUCUUCUUCAUGUCUUGACUAGUAUUUAGUACUUUGUUCCUUUUUAUGUAAUGGUGUCAAAAUCUUGAAAAGCUCAUAAAACUACUAUAACUGUCUUGCUAAUUUCUUGAGUUUCUUGAAAAAAGUAAAGAGUAAAAAAAAAGAUGAUUUUUCUUGGUUUUUGACCACUUUUAGUUCUUGUUUUGUUUUGGUAAGUGGUGUCAAAAUCUCAUAUAACCACCAUAACUGUCUUUCCAAUGUCUUGAGCUUCUUGAAAAAAGAAAAGAGUAUAAAAGACAUGAUCUUGUUUCUUGACAUUUUUAGUUAUUGUUUUGGUAAAUAUUAAUGGUGUCAAAAUCUUGAAAAGAUCAUAAAACUACCAUCAAGUGUCUUCCCAAAUUGUUGAAAAAUAAAAGAGGACAUAAUUUUUUUUUUUUUUUUUAAAACUCUUUUAGUGCUGCAUUUUGUUAAUUAUAGGGGUGUCAAAAUCUUGAAAAGCUCAUAAAACUACCACAACUUCCUCCCAAUUUUUUGAUUUUCUUGAAAAAAGAAGAGUUAAAAAGACUUGAUCUUGGCUAGGUUUUGAACAUUUUUAGUUCUUUGUUUGGUAAUUAUAAUACGAUAAAUUAUCUUCCCAUUAUCUUGAAAAAGGAAGAGUUAGAAAGACUUGAUCUUGGUUGCUAUAUGACAUUUUUAAUCCUUGGUGAGGUAAUUGUAAUACCAUAACUAUCUUCCCAAUUUCUUGGUUUCUUGGGGAAAAAAAAGAGUAAAAAAAGACUUGAUUUUGAUUUGUUUUUGACAUUUUAAGUUCUUGGUUGAAACUUUGUGGAGCAGAGGGGUCCAUUUGACAAUCUGAGCCAUAUAUAAGGCUUCCCAGGUCAUUCUGCCAAAAAAGAGAGUGAAAAAGAUAAGAUCUUGGUUGCUAUUUGACAUUUUUGGUUCUUGAUUUGGCAAUUAUAAUACCUUUAGUGUCUUCCCAGUUUCUUUGGAAAAAAAAGAAAGAAAGAGUGUAAAAAGACAUCAUUUUGAUUGGUUUUUGACCUUUUUUGGGUUCUUGAUUUUGGUUUAAAAAAAGAAUGGGAGAAGAAGAGGGGUGGGGUUGGCCACCAUCACCAAGUGGAUCACCAAUGUACAUAACAAAAGAUGAUCAUUGGACUCAUUUUGACAAUUCUGUUAAUGCUGUUUCUUUUGGUUUUGUUGCCACUGCCAUUCUUAUUUCUAUGUUCCUUGUCAUGGCCAUUUUUGAGAGGUUUCUCAGACCCAAUUCACCGGCUUUAUCGACAUCUGGUGGCCGGAAUCUUGGUGACAUUGAGUCUCAGAUGAGCUUCAAUGGAAAACUUGGAUAUCAAACACCCAAAGUGUCAACGAAGGCUCGAGAAGUUUCUGUGUUGAUGCCAGGAGAAGAUGUCCCUACUUUUAUUGCCAAUCCUGCUCCCGUACCCUGUCCUCCUGAACGCUAUCCAUGGCCUCCCCAUCAACAACAUACCUUACCCGGUUUCUUGAACUCGGACUCAUCAAAUGCACAAUCCUAGCUAGCUCAAUUUGAAGCCAACAAACAUUGAAAAUACCAAAUUGAUGGAGUUCACCAAUUGGUUUUUUUGCCCCUCUCCUUGGCUCCUUAAUUUAAUGUACGUAGCAUUUAGGCAUUGAAAUUUUCUAGCUCAGCUGGUGGCCUCUGUCUUCAAGACGAUCCGUCUGGCUAAUAUGAAUGAAUAUUAUGUUAAUAGAGUAAGUUGUUCUUUUAAGUCAUGUCAUUGUUUUCUAUUAUUUUUUAAAAUUUUGGAUCCAAAACUUUGGGAAGGAAAUAGCAAGAGAAGCUUUAGCUUGUGCUCAACUUAGGUAUUAUCUUGGAGAUUUUCCAAAAAUUGUUGUUAUACGUUUCGUCU